CUAAUCCAACUUGAUCAAAGUGCAAGACAACACGUGUCACACGUUUGAGUUGCCUUUGCAGUUCAUUUCUGAAGCAUUUCAAACGUAAAAACAUGAAGAGAAGAGUGAAACAGAGAGGUUCGUCCACGGACCCCCGCAGGAGGGCUGGAGUCCAGAGGGAGGGCACAAAAUCCCGCUGGCAGUUAAAAAGGUUGUUAUUUGCUGCUUUCGUUAUCAUCUCGGUGCCUGUCGCAGUGAAAAUGCUGCCAGAAUUAAUGCAACACUUUGUUUACACUCACAGAGUCAGCGUGCCGUUCUUUGUGGACCUGAGCCGACCCGCUGAUGUCUCCCUCAAUCACACCGUCAACAUGUACUUAACUUCAGAGGCAGGAAUCUCCCUCGGCGUGUGGCACACGGUCCCUGAGAGUCGGGGGAAAGAGGCACAAGGGAAGGAGCUCGGCUGGUACGAGAACGCUUUAAAAGACGGAAGUCCAGUUUUCAUAUAUCUUCAUGGGAACACGGGCACAAGGGCAGCUCCACACCGGGUGGGAGUGGCAAAGGUAUUGAGCGCGCUUGGUUACCACGUGCUGGUGCCUGAUUACAGAGGGUUUGGAGACUCCACGGGAGAGCCGACUGAAUCCGGUCUGACUACUGAUAUGCUCUACUUGUACAACUGGGUCAAAGCCCGCUGUGGAGACAGCCCCGUCGUCGUCUGGGGACACUCUCUCGGGACAGGAGUGGCCACUAACGGUGCAGUCAGGCUCCUUGACCAAGGCGUGGUCCUGGACGGUGUGAUCCUGGAAGGAGCAUUCAAUACUGCUCGGCAGCACAUACCAGUUCAUCCUUUCAUUUGGUAUUACUGGAAAUUUCCAGGCACUGGGUACUUGUUCCCAGAGCCGUGGGCAGGAAAUGAGGUCGUCUUCCCCUCUGAACUGAAUUUGAAGAAAAUGAAAAGCCCAAUACUUUUCCUUCACUCGGAGGAUGACCACUUAGUUCCUAUUGAGAUAGCUCGGCAGAUGUAUGAGGCGGCUGCGAAAGCCCAGACCACAGAUCGAGUCAAACUAGUGACAUUUGACGGUUCUCUGGGAUAUCUGCACAACGGCUUAUAUCGAGACUCCAAACUGCCGGACAUCAUUAAGACGUUUGUGUCUUCCUUAUAAUGUUCGGAGGCAGUUUGAGCAAGAAACGUUUGGAAAAGAGAGCGGCAAUUAUGUGAUUAUCUGGUGCAUUAUUAUGCUAAAUGUUUGUUGCAUAAUCAUUUGAUUUCAUGGAGUGGCCGUGGCGUUGUCGUGGGCAGAGUGGAAUGCCCUUGGAAGGUCGCUGGAUCAAUCCCCAACUCUGUCACAGGCCAAACUAUCAAAGGCCGAACCCUGAACCCCACAUCACCUCCGUUUCCAGUCGUGGUGCCAGUCCCAAGACUGCAUGAAUAGGAAGGACUGUGGCAGGAAGGGCAUCUGAUAUUUGAAAAAAAAACAAAAAAAAAAACAACCGUCUGCCAAAUCAGCUCAGCAUGCAGAAAACGAUGAUCCACUGUGGGGAACGCCACAUAGGGAGAAGCUGAAAGAAGUUGCUUUGCUAUCUAAUUAAAUGAAUCAAAUGUUC